CAAACGCGACAACUUCACGUUCAUACAUCAAUAUCUCUCUUUCCGGUGGUUCUUGUCAAAUUAAAGAUGCCAGGUGUAACAGUAAAAGACGUCGACCAAGCUGCUGUUGUUAAGGCAGUAGCCGAAUUCUUGAAAAAAUCUGGUAAAUUGAAGGUGCCAGAACAAAUGGACAUCAUCAAGACCGCAAAAUUCAAGGAAUUGUCGCCAACCGAUCCAGACUGGUUCUACACACGUUGUGCUUCAAUUUUGCGUCACUUGUACCACCGUCGCUCAGUCGGUGUUGGUGCCAUCACCAAAAUCUAUGGUGGACGUAAGCGUAAUGGUGUUCAUCCAUCACAUUUCUGCCGCUCAGCUGACGGUGCUGCACGCAAAGCUUUACAAGCAUUGGAAGCUAUUAAAUUGAUUGAGAAACAUCAAGAUGGUGGCCGUGUAUUGACCUCACAAGGCCAAAGACAUCUCGAUCACAUCGCCAACCAAAUCGUCGUUAAACAAAGAGCUGCAAUCAAAGCCGCCGCUCAAGCCGUCAUUGUAACCGCUUAAAUUAAUCACAAAAAGUGUCCAACAUCCGGUAUUUUUUGUAAUUUAAUGGCUUAAAAUCAGAAAAAAGUUUCAAAUAAAUCUAAACAAAAAAAAAAA